UGAAAAGCCUAAAAAAUUUUUUUUCGUCUAUCUUUCGCGAAUAAGGAGGGGGUGGUGGUGGGUGAUUGACAGUUUUUUUCAUUAUUUUUCUCUUAAAUGGUGUGUCCCCAAAAACACCAAAAAGUAAUCGUUUAAUAUAUUUAGCUCUAAUUUUUAUUUUUUUUUAUUUUUCUUAUAUUUGUAAUAGUGUAGUGUGUGUGUGUAUAUUUUUAAACAAUUCUUUUUAAAAGGAAUGAAGGUUUUUUUCGCCUUUUAGGAAUGUUUGAUAGUGUUUUUAAAGUGGUAAGGCGGGAAAAGUCAUUCCCCCCUUCAACUUCCCGGCGCAGUCAUUUUCUAAAGAGAGUAAGGCAAUCAUUUGCGCCUAAAAAAGCUCAAAAAAAAUUUUAUACUUUUCUUCCCACAUUUUUAUGCUUUUGUGAUCGAUUCAUCAUUCUAGCAGUUAACUAG